GUUAACUUGACACUAUACACAACUACCGCUGUCAUAUUACUUGACGGCGAUGGUAAUCGGAUAUUAUCGAAAUAUUAUGGUAGUACUGGGCGAAAUGCGUACCCCUCAGCUAAAGAACAAAAAGCUUUUGAAAAAGGAUUAUUUGAGAAAACAAGAAGAGCUAAUGGCGAAAUAAUACUCUACGACAACCACGUAAUUCUCUACCGCAACAACAUUGACGUAUUCUUUUAUGUCGUGGGUUCAGCAGAAGAAAAUGAGUUAAUACUAAGUAGUAUUCUGAACGCGUUUUACGAAGCCGUGUCGAGCAUACUCCGACAACAGGUGGAAAAACGUGCGAUUCUCGAUAAUCUUGAUCUCGUGGUGCUCGCACUCGACGAAACGAUCGAUGAUGGAAUAGCACUCGAGACAGAUGCUAGUGUUAUUGUGUCAAGGGUUUCGCGACCACGUACUGAUACUACUGAUAUCCCUAUUACUGAACAGACUUUAAUUCAGGCCUAUCAGACUGCUAAAGAACGUUUUGCUGAGAGAGUAUUUAAAGGGGUGUAG